CGUCGUGAGCAGUGUAUCGCGUGAACGUUGUUUUCCGAGAUUUCUCGCUGCCUCGGCGGUAGCUCAAUAUCUGCUUGCAAGGAGAGAUAGCUCGGUAUCUAACGUCACUUUUGCGAAUCGUGAACCGAUGUUUCGAGGUUAUAAGAAGGUGUCCAGGCGUGGACGAGGUUCUAGUUCGAAGACCGUGUUCGGGGGCUGUGAUUCGAGUAGUCUUUGGGAUCGGUUGCUGGACAACCGAGUCUCUGACAGUCGCGGAAGUUAAGAUUCUUUAUUCGGUGAUCAGUGACGAUCGAUUGACAGGGAUUCGAGUGAAACGCGAGAAGGAAAGCGGAGGAUUAAAAUACCAAACCGACGAAAAGUCUCGAUAUGUUGGAUUAAAGAAUACAAAAGGAAUCCAGCUGUCAGGGGAAGCAUUCCGCGUGACGUAAUCAGUCCAUUUUCUCGCAAAUGAAAAGAGCAAACGUUAUUGUUAGUAGCUGAUAAGUGGAGACCGCUGGCCAGGUAUUGGCUCGUAUAAGACGUCCUACAUCAUUGCUCGUACAUCAGUAGAUCCUCCACCAUCAAACUCGACACCUAUCCACCCGAGCAACACGGUCAGUCGCGUCCUUCAUCGGCUUCCACCGAGACUAAUCUUCCGUAUCGACGACAAAAUGGAGUAAAAUGAAACUGGAACUGGCAAGAAAUUCUCGAAGAAAUCUCGCCAACGCUCGAUCCCCGAGGCUUAGAGGUGGCUUAACGAAAGUCUGACUCGAUAGAACCGCGACUGGAUAAUGGAAGACAAAUCGAUAGACGAAUCGGUGGAUUUUUUUACUAAACGAGCAACCAAAGCCGAAGACAGAAGUGACGCGUAGUGGCUACGCUCAGCUGUGUUCACUGUUGACAGCGGAUAGGAAAAAGAAGUCGACUGAGAGAUAAACUCUUUAUAGCCUACGAUUACCGGACUAAGUAGCUAAAAGAAGUCGAUGAGUGAAAGGCUUAACUAUAAUUAAUGGACGAGAAGUAAUUGCGUUUCCCCGAUAAAUUUCAACGUUUCGCGGUUGCAAGCCAAGACUUAAUCCUUGGACUAUCAUCGUCAUUCAACGUGAGAGAUAAGAAGAUUCAUACGAGCGUCGAAUCACUGGGGAACCGUGCAAAACUGGAAAGAAAAUAGUAGUUUCUUACGAUUCCUCGCUUCUAUCGGUUCGUUCAAGAGGAAGUUAGCACAUAGUUUGCGAAUUCGCGAAACGCGAAUUGAGAAGAAAAAUAGGAAUUCUUUCUCCUAUCGAUAAGUCUGUUAUCUACGAUCGCACGGGAAACCUUAAGAUCGCGGCACGCGGAGAGAUAUUUGCUCGAUCGGGGAAAAAAUCCUUCCAGCACUGAUCCUUCCUGAACGAUAAGGAACGAGAAAUCGCGGCCGCAUUGAAGCGCAUCGUUUAAUAUCUCUGGCCGACACCGUUACCGACGACCACUCGUGAUAAACCAAAGUCGAGCCGACUAAAAAUUCUCCGAAGAAGCCGAAAGCCUGACGAGUUUCGAAUAAAACAUGAAGAACAUCUCGCGAAGUUAGCCUUGAACCCGAGACCAUCCUUCGAGUCCAAGAGUGUGUCAAAAGGAGAAGCAAAGUAGCAGGCAAAAAUGAACGGGGACAUUCCGAAAGAUCCAAUUUCGAGCGUGAAGUCAUCCUCGCCUGACAGGGACGAGAAGCAAAAUCUGUUGCCAACUUUGACCCAGAACAUGCCUGUCAUAGUCAAAGUGCCGAAGAGCCCGAGAACGUCUUUCAGAAGCAGGAGCCGGUACAGAGCAUGGCCAACGCGAAAGCUACGUCGGCGAGCCGUGCUGAAGAACGGCGACUGCAACGUCCUCCAGUCCCGGAUCUCCAGGCGUUCCCUGCGUUUCCUUCGUGACAUCUUCACGACCCUGGUGGACACGCAAUGGCGCUGGAUGUUGCUCUGCUUCAGCCUGAGCUUCGUGCUCUCCUGGCUGGGUUUCGCGGUGAUCUGGUGGCUGAUCGCCUUCAGCCACGGUGACUUCGAAGAACAGCACCUGCCGCCGUAUCAGAUCCAAAACAACUGGACACCCUGCAUCAACAACAUCUUCUCCUUCACGAGUUGCUUCCUCUUCAGUAUCGAGACGCAGCACACGAUCGGCUAUGGCAGCCGUGGGACCACCGAGGAGUGUCCCGAGGCGAUCUUCGUCAUGUGCAUCCAGAGCAUCGUCGGUGUGAUGAUCCAGGCGUUCAUGGUGGGCAUAGUGUUCGCCAAGAUGAGCAGGCCCAAACAGAGAACUCAAACGUUGCUCUUCUCGAGGAACGCCGUGAUCUGUCAGAGAGACGGCGAGCUCUGUUUGAUGUUUAGGGUCGGUGACAUGAGGAAAAGUCAUAUUAUCGGAGCUGCUAUACGAGCGCAGUUGAUAAGGUCCAGAACUACGAAGGAAGGCGAAGUGUUGUCGCAGAAUCAACAGGAAUUGGCCGUGGGUACCGACGGUCAGAACGGGAACCUCUUUUUCAUCUGGCCGACUACCAUCGUUCACAAGAUCAACGCGGAGUCUCCGUUUUACAAUAUGUCUGCGGAGGACAUGCUGACAGAGAGGUUCGAGAUCGUGGCCAUCCUCGAAGGGACCAUAGAAUCCACCGGGCAAACUACUCAGGCUAGAUCCAGCUAUCUGCCACAGGAAAUUCUCUGGGGCCAUAGGUUCGAGCCGAUGGUCAUGUACUCGAAGGAGAGACAAGGUUACGAAGUGGACUAUUCCCUGUUCAACAGCACCACGCAGGUGGGAACACCUCUGUGCUCGGGCAGGGAGCUCGCUGAGUUUUACAAGGUGCAGGAAGAACUUCGUCAUGGGAACGGUAUGAUAGUCGAUGAGGAUUUCCUAAUGGAGUCCUGUCAGGACAGCCAGUGUCACUGCGGUCACCGUCCAAUGAUCGUAACGAAUCAUCAUCACCAUCCGAACCAUCACCUGACAUACGUGGACAGCGGCAGAAGCGAAACUAGCGCCGACGAGGCGACCACCUGCCGAAACGCUUACAGAGACUCGACCUAUCAUGGGCCUGGGAUACCUAAUCGUGAUCAUGGCCAUUACAAGAUCCUGGACUUGGAUCCUGACGGUAUCCAGGUCAUGGCCGAUGUCGAUCUACAACAAUUACCGGAAGCAGUGAAUAAAGAGAUCCUGAAGAACAGCCGGGAGAUUAUCUUCGAAGAGCCUGAAACAUCUAGAGAGGGGAGUCCAUUGUUAUUGAAAUCGACUAAUCGAAGGAACCUGGUGAAGCAUUCUCUGUUGGACGAGGAGAAGAGAUCUCUCAACAGUUCCAAGAGAAGUCUCUAUCAUAGAAAUAUCCUGCGAGGCAUGGACGAGGACAAAAGGUCUCUGGAUGGGUCCAGGAGGAAUCUGAAUGGGUCCAGGAAGUAUCUGCUGAUACCUUUAGACAACAAAAAUGCGGAGACCGGGAAUAAGGAGAAUUUCACUGCUGCCAAGAGACACGCGGGAAGCAGAGAGUAUCUAAACGCUGCUAGGAAGAGUAUCUGCGCGAAAGGAUCCAAGGAGAUCCAUGAACCAGACGUGAGAGGAAGACUGAACUCGAACGACGACAGAUUGAUGAUCGAAAUGGAGAAAUUCCCUAAAUCGUCUCGACGGCAAGAGGUAUUAUCCGAAGGCAACAGGACAUCACUGUCAGACCCUAAUUUAUUACCCAACGAGUACACCACUCCCUUAAAGUAUCAUCAGUCACCAGAUCCAUCAUUACCAAUUUCUCCAGUGUCCGAUUUGUCGCCAGAGUCCGGCUUCUACGAGGGAACGCAAUGGAGUUCCAGCCCGGAAUACGUCAGAAAGGAUCUCCGAGUUCCUAACGAGCCUGUGAUCACGCGAAACAGGAGGAGCUACGAGAAUGCACAGCUUCAGGACGUGAACGAAGCUUUGUCGAGGCCCAACAGCGACAACAGCUCGUUGAAUAGCGAGGAAUCGACGAAGAAUUUGGCAAACGACGGUGGUUCUCGCAAAUACAACGAGAAGAACGUCGUCGCGAAGCAGGUGAUCUCUUACACGAGCGUCUGAGGAAAGUGUGCCUUUCUCCUAAUGUAACAUAUAGCUUCUACAGUGCCAGUGCAAUCGUGUUGUUGUACAGUCGAAACUAGCUAACUUUUAUUUCCGAAGCAAAGUAUUCGUGGUUGCUCUUGCUCAACCCUCGACCACCGAUGCUGGAAGCGAUUAAAUAAUUGGACAAGCAAUGAACGUUGUACCGCGUACCGUCGCCAUUUUAUUUUAAAUUCUUCCGGGCAAGAUUGGACAUUCUUUCGAUUGCACGUGCACCGACUUUCUAUUCGUUUUAUAACCAUAUCUGAUACAAUGAUUUUACAUUGAAAAAGGGUAUGCGAGAUAAAUCGAGGCAAAUUUACGUGGAAUUUAACCAGAUCGUGGUUGAGACCGUGCUCGAGGGUUGAAAAAGUAAGAGAGAGGAAAAGUAUCAACGAACGUGUUGUGGUAGUGAGAUAUUCUUCGUGUAUGACGCGUAAUGAUUUUUUUCCAACUAUAUUAUAAGUUAUCUGUGAAUUUAUAUCCUAUACGACGUAAAUUAAGUAGAAGAUACGCACAAUUAUUUUCUGAUUCGCUGUUUUACGACUAUUGUAAAUCACUCUAAACCGCAGGUCGGUUAGCGCGAAGCUUCCAUGUGUAAUAAUUAAACGAGUCAAUGAAAUUGUUCGCUCGUCCAAUUUAGUAAAAUUAAUCACUUAGAAAAUCGUGAACGUAACUGUCCUCGUUCGAACGACAAAGCUUUCGGAGGCUUCGUUAGAGACACUCGCGAGGUAAUUUCGAAAACGAAGCAGGCAACGCUCUAACUAAUAAAUAAGAUUUCGCAACUGAUGAAAACUGCUGAGAGAUUUAGAAACCCAGAUGACGAAGAAUUAAAUUUAAGCAUCUAAAGUCGGCGUACUCGUUAGAUUUAGAUAUAAAGAUCGACUAGGCGUAACGAAAGCAUCUAGCAAGCGAUCCAGAAGUAUAUUUUUUCAAUGUAGAACGUACAAAAUGUUAAGGUAUUAUACGUUAACGAUGUCUGACUGAAGUCAUCGAUAUAACAAUCGUUUCCAUGCAUAAUUAGAUUUACCAACGCCAAUUUAUUCCUGCCAAUUCGCUGUAAACUAAUCUAACAGUUUAAACUGUAUCGAAAGUUUGUAAGAAAUUUGUAAAAAACUAUAUCGACGAAGAGCGAAAGGAACGUAGCUUCUGAUUAGAAGAAAAUUAGUCAUCCCAUUGCAAAGGAAAGAAGUGCCUUGAUUUUACUUUCUAUUUCCAUGAGAAAGAAUGUAACGAGCGUUUUCACUGUCGAAAUAAAUUAGCAUCGUUAAUAUUUAUUGCUUCCACGGUAUUCUAAGCAUUAGCUCGACGUUUGUAUAUAGAAACGUUCCCAGUAAAAGACACUAUCGAUCGAGAGAUUAGGCUUGCACGAAAUCGACAGCCGCUUCGAGAGCUUCUCAGCUAUUUGAUUCGUUCCGCAGGGCGAAUCAGAUUAAAUUAUUCUGAUAUUAUUUAGGCGGAGUGGAUGGAGAAACCUCGGUUGAAAUGGUAGCUCCCAGUGUUCUUCCUGGACAUGGAUACCUGCCAUCGUGACUUCUAGCGUAAAUUGUGAAGAUGUUAUUUGUAAUAAAGACUACUUCAAAACCUA